AUGACGCUUUCCCUGGCCCUGGUAGCGCUGAUUUCUGCAUUCGGAUCUUCCUUCCAGUACGGCUACAACGUGUCCGUGAUCAACUCUCCGGCCCCGGUGGGUUGGGGAUCAGCCUUAUCUCACCCCCAGAUUCAAAAGGGCACUUUGCUGAUAAAUAACCUCUUCUCCAUCGCUGCUGCCAUCCUGAUGGGAACCUCCGAGCUGGCCAAAACCUUUGAAGUGAUCAUCCUGUCCCGCGUUAUCAUGGGGAUAUUUGCUGCUCUCCCUCUCACCCUGCUCUCCUGUGCAGCUCUGCAGAGGCUGAGGGGCUGGGAGGACGUGGAUGACGAGAUCCAGGAGAUGUACCAGGAGGAUCGCUCCGAGAAGGAGGAAGGGCARUUCUCYGUGCUCAGCCUGUGCACUUUCAGRGGYCUGAGGUGGCAGCUCAUCUCCAUCAUCGUCAUGAUGAUGGGCCAGCAGCUCUCGGGGGUCAAUGGGGUUUUUUACUACGCUGACAGGAUCUUCGAGUCAGCAGGAGUGGACAGUGGCAGCAUCCAGUACGUCACCGUGUCCAUCGGCGCCAUCAACGUGGUCAUGACUUUACUGGCUGUUUUCAUCGUGGAGUCCCUGGGCAGGAGGAUCCUGCUGCUGGCUGGUUUUGUGCUCUGCUCUGCCUCCUGUGCUCUGCUCACUCUGGCCCUCAAUCUCCAGAACACUGUCUCCUGGAUGUCGUACCUCAGCAUCGCCUGUGUCAUUGUCUACAUCAUCGGACACGCCAUCGGUCCCAGUCCCAUUCCUGCCGUGAUGAUCACCGAGAUGUUCCUGCAGUCGUCCCGACCAGCAGCGUUCAUGGUUGGGGGCUCCGUGCACUGGCUGAGCAACUUCACCGUGGGGCUGGUGUUCCUCUACAUGGAGGCUGGCCUGGGGCCCUACAGCUUCCUCAUCUUCUGUGCCAUCUGCCUCGCCACGCUCACCUACAUCUUCAUCGUCGUCCCCGAGACCAAGAAUAAAACCUUCAUGGAAAUCAACAGGAUCAUGGCCAAGAGGAACAAAGUGGAGAUUCAGGAGGUCAAACAAGAGCUCCAAGAUUCCUGCCCCGCAGGCAAACAGGAGGAGACCAAGGCGCUGUCCAGCAGUGAGAUGUGACCCAGCUGGGCUUGGCCUGACAAGAUCUGCUUGGCAAAAMAACAAAUCCAUGGAUUCCUCCUUCCAUGCUGCUCUGAGAAUCACGGAAUUGUUAAGGCUGGAAAACAGCUCUAAGAUCAAAUCCAGCUGCCAAGUCCUCCUCUCGUCCCAAGGAAAGGGAAAUGUCCUCAGCCAGCUCAGUUCUGUGACCAAGUGGCCGCCAGCUCGAGGUGAUGUGUCCCCUGGUGUCCCUGGUGACACAUCCUGGGGACAGCAGCCAGCCCUGGGCUGGGUGUGGGUCAUCCUGGGCAAGAAGUGCCCCAAAUUCCUCCGAGGCUCUGUCACUUGUGUGUUUGAGGGUCCAGCACGGGGAAAUUAAAUUUGAUUUGUUUUAUCA